AUGCUCUUGGUUGUUCUGCCCGAACCCCCCACCCCCAACGUCCCCCUUGCUUUCCGGGAGCACUAUGGCACCAUCUCAGCCAAACAUGCCUCUCAGGAUCUGCCUGGAAUGGCCUCCAGGGAUGUGGCAGUAGGGGUUAUCGUCUUAUCCCAAACCGUUCUUGGGAUCCUAGGGAAUUUCUCUUUGCUUUAUCACGAUGCCAUCGUUCACUUCCGGGGAUGCAGAUUAAAGCCCCCAGAUUUGAUUCUCAGGCACCUGAUUGUUGCCAACACCUUGACACUCCUUUCCAGAGGGAUCCCCCACACCUCGGCAGUCUUUGGGAGGAAGCAUCUCCCCAGUGACAUCGGAUGCAAAGUGGUUUUCUAUGUCCACAGAGUGGCCAGGGGUAUGUCCUUCGGUGCCAUGUGUCUCUUAAGCAUCUUACAGGCCAUCACGAUCAGCCCCAGAAGCUUCAUAUGGACAGAUCUUAAAGCAAAAGCUCCCAGGUACACUGGCUUCUCCAUCUACCUGUGCUGGACUUUGCACCUUCUUGUAAAUACAGUUGUUCUCACAUACGUGACGGGUAAAUGGAACAGGGUGAAUGUCACGAGGGAAAAAGAUUUGGGCUACUGCUCUAGCACGCUUUUGGAUAAAAGCACAUCCACGCUCUUUGCGGUUUUCUUAAGCCCGCCGAGCACUUUGUCUUUCGGACUCAUGGUCUUGGCUAGUGGAUACAUGGUUUUCAUCCUGUACAGACACAACCAGCAAGUCCGCCACAUGCACCGGACCAGCCAUUCAACCAGAUCCUCUCCUGAGUGCAGGGCGUCCCAAAAAAUCCUUGCCCUGAUGAGCACCUUUCUAUCCUUCUACUGCCUCACCGCCGUUCUUGUAACUUACCAGGUGACUUGCAGGGACCCCAGCUGGUGGCUGAUGAAUGUCACAGGGCUUCUGCACUCCUGCUUCCCCGCUCUCAGCCCCUUUCUUCUCAUGAGCCCAGACACCUCUGUAGCCAGGCUCUGCUUGGCCUGCUGCAGAAGGACCACCCAAGUCCCUCAUCGGGUCAGAAGACCCUGA